AUGACAUAUCCAGGGGCCCACGCCGAGUCGACGCCUGACAAGGUCGCGCUGAUCUUGGCGGGCAGCGGCGAGACGAUGACGUAUCGCGAGCUCAAUGAUCGUUCGAACCAGCUGGCGCAACUCUUUCGAGCUGAAGGGCUCAAAGACGGCGACCAUGUCGCCCUUUGGGCCGAGAACAACCUCGACUACUUCGUUGUGUACUGGGCGGCCCUGCGCAGCGGUCUAUACAUCACGGCGGUCAACCGGUUCCUGUCGGCCGAAGAGGGCGGCUACAUCCUCAACGACAGUGGCGCCCAGGCGCUGGUGGCGACCACGCGGUAUCAACAGGUCGCGACCGAGGCGCUGGCAUUCGCACCGGGCUGCACCCUCAACCUGUUGAUCGGCGGUGCCGACGACACGUUUAGCGACUUCGAUGAGGCCAUUGCGGCGUUGCCCGCAGAGCCGUUGACGCACGAGCCGAUGGGCUCGUUCAUGUUGUAUUCCUCGGGCACGACCGGCCAGCCCAAGGGCAUCAAGCGGCCUCGGCCAACAACGACGAUUCAGGAGACACCACCGACGACGUCCGGCUUCAUGCGAAUGCUCGGCGGCAUGGACGAAAACACGGUCUACCUGUGCCCAGCACCGCUGUAUCACGCAGCACCGCUCGCGUGGACGGCCGGCAUCCACGAGCUCGGUGGUACCGCGGUGAUCAUGGAGAAGUUCGACCCACAACUGUUCAUGCAGUACGUGGCGCAAUAUGGCGUGACUGCAACCCAGGUCGUGCCGACGAUGUUCGUGCGCAUGCUCAAGCUCGAUCAGGAAACCCGAACGGCCCACGACCUGAGUUCGCUGACCUUCUGCGUGCACGCUGCGGCCCCUUGCCCCGUGCCGGUCAAGCAGCAGAUGAUCGAGUGGUGGGGUCCGAUCAUUCACGAAUACUACGCCGGCACCGAGGGCAACGGCAUGACCUACAUCGGCCCCCAGGACUGGCUGGAGCAUCCCGGAUCCGUCGGCAAGCCGAUGCUCGGUGUUUUACGGAUAUGCGACGACGAAGGUGACGAAGUGCCCGCUGGCGAGGCGGGCACCGUCUACUUCGAGCGUGACGAGAUGCCGUUCGAGUAUCACGGCGCGCCCGACAAGACCAGCGCUGCUCAGCACCCGAAGCAUCCGACCUGGUCAGCGCUUGGCGAUAUCGGUUACGUCGACGACGAGGGCUUCCUCUUCCUGACCGACCGCAAAGCGUUCAUGAUUAUUUCGGGUGGCGUGAACAUCUACCCGCAGGAGAUCGAGGACUGCCUCGUGAUGCACGACAAGGUAACCGACGUUGCCGUCUUCGGCCUGCCCGAUCCCGAGAUGGGCGAGUACGUGCACGCCGCCGUGCAGCCGGCCGAUGGUGUCGAGGCGACCGAUGAGCUGGCGUCGGAGCUGCUCGCCUAUGUACGCGAGUCCAUUGCCCACUACAAGGUGCCGCGUGUGCUCGAUUUCCGGAGCGAGCUUCCACGGUUGCCAACGGGCAAGCUCUACAAGCGGCUGCUCAAGGACGAGUACUUGCAGGCGUCGUCGUGA